CCGCGCUCGAGUGUGCUCGCUACUCGGCUACCGAGCUCCGCAACAACCAUGGCCGCGCCGCCGUCGAGCCCGACCGCCGUCCUCGAAGCGCUCGCUCACGCCCUCUCGCCCGACACCAACCUCCGCAAGGCUGCCGGCGACCAACUCGCGAGCUGGGCCAUCUUGCCCGGCUACUACCACCACCUCGUCCAGGCCGUCGAGGCCCGACACCACGUCCCGCCCGACAUCCGCCAGCAGGCCGCCAUCCAGCUCAAGAACGGUGUCGACCGCUACUGGCGACGAGGCGCAGUCCACGCCAUCUCGCCCGCCGAAAAGGACCAGAUCCGCCCUCGCCUCAUCGCCCUCGUCGACGAGUCUGAUCGAGUGGUCGCCAAGAACCUCGCCCUCGCGGUCGGCAAGGUCGCCCGCCUCGACUACGGCACCGAAUGGGACUUUCCGCACACCCUCCUCGCCUCGGUCCGCGACGGCUUCGCGCACCCGGAUCCCUCGACCGGCCGCCUCAUCCUUAACCGCGCCCUCCUCUUCCUUCACGCCGCCAUCAAGCAGCUCUCGUCAAACCGCAUGCCGAAAGGGCGCGCCCUCAUGCUCCGCCUCGCCGACAUCCUCUUCGCGCCGCUGCGGCAACUGCACGCCGAGAUCCUGCAGCAGGCGGUGCAGCGGAUACACGCCGAGGGCCUCACGCCGCCGGCAUCGACGGGUGAGAGCAGCGUGCCGCAGAUCGACGAGAUGGAGUGUGCCCUGUUGGCGUUCAAGUCGUUGCGCUACCUCCUCCUGUACGGGUACGGCGACCCGAGCGCGCGAGACGAGCCCAAGGACUUCUUCCGGUCGGGCGUCACCACCCUUUCGUCCCUACUCGCCGUCCGCCAGCAGCUCCUGUCGACCUCGCCUCCGACUCACUCGACCCCACGCCUCGAGUACCUCACCAAGCACGUCCUCCUGUACGGCAAGAUGUACCGCGCGCUCAACGCGCACAACGCCGGCCAGUUCGCCGCCAUGGACGUCGCGCUUCAGCUCGAGGAGGUCUACUUCCAGGUCGUGCGCGACGCGGCGCAGGACGUCGUCGCCCAGGUCCAAGACUCGCCCCUCGCGCCGUACCCGACCCGACUCGUCGUCCAGGCGCUCCUCCUCCUUAAGUCGCUCCUCGGCGACUGGGACGGCUCGUCGGGCCUCGCCAUCCCGCCCGGCUUCGUGCAGCAGUUCGCCGAGCUCCUCAUCACGCGGCUGCUCCCGCUCGGCCAGGACGACCUCGACAAGUGGAGCGACGACCCCGAGGAGUGGAUGAACGAGGAGGAGGCGGAGCGGUGGGAGUUUGAGCUCAGGCCGUGCGCAGAGUACGUCCUGCGGGCGCUCCUGAGCGCCUUCCGAGACGAGCUCGGCCCGAGCAUAGCCGGCCUUCUACAGCAAGUGUCGGCACCGCAAGACAUGGCGGGCCUGCUCCUCAAGGAGGCCGUCUACACGGCGAUCGGCCGCAGCCCGAGCGACCUCCAGGCGUCGAUCAACUUCAAGGACUGGCUCGAGAACGUGCUCGCGCCCGAGUGUGCAGGCGAGGACUCGGCGUACCGGCUCAUUCGUCGCCGCAUCGCGUGGCUCCUCGGCAACUGGGUCGGCGAGGACCUCGCGGCGUCGUCGCGCUCGCUCAUCUACCAGCUCCUCGUCCACCUCUUGUCGCGCAACCCGUCGACCGACCCGGCCAUCCGGCUCACGGCGGCGCGCAGCCUCGCGCGGUGCGACACGUGGGACUUUGACCAGGGCGCGUUCGUGCCGCUGUUGCCGAGGGCCAUCGAGGAGAUCGUGCAGCUGCUGGGCGAGGUCGAGCUGAGCGACUCGAGGAUGCGGCUCAACCAGACGCUCGGCGUCGUCAUCGACCGGGUCGGGCAGCAUAUCUCGCCGUUCGCGCCGCAACUCGCCGACAUUCUCGCGACCCUGUGGGCGAGCACGCAGGAGAACCACUUCCAGACGUCGAUUCUCGUCACCUUCACCAAGCUUGCCGAGGCACUCGGCGAGCAGUCGCAGGGCCUUCAUGCGCAGGCCUGCCCGAUCAUCCAGCUCAGCAUCGACCCUCAACAGCCCUCACACGUCUACCUGCAAGAAGACGGCCUCGAGCUGUGGCAGGUCCUCCUCCGGCGGUCGUCGGUCCUCUCGUCCGACAUGCUGCGCCUCGUGCCGGCACUCGUCGCCCUUCUCGCAAGCGGUACCGACGCCCUGCCACGGUGUCUCGCCAUCUUCGAGAGCUACCUCUUGCUCGACGCGCCCAAGGUCCUCGAGCUGUGCGCCGCUGACUUCUUUGCCGCGAUUCGGACAUUCAUCGAGGGCCUCGCGCUCGAGUCGCUCAAGGUGGUCCUGCACGCGCUCAACACGGUCUUCCAGUCGGCGCCGCCACAAUGCUGGGCGGCGGCCCUCGACGCGUCUGGCUGGUUCGACGUCACCGUCAAGAUCAUCUCGGCCAAGGACACCUCGGCCCUCAUCACGACCAAGUACCUGUGCGCCGUCGCCCGCAUCAUCCUCGCCGGCCCCGAGGCGUUCCACCACCUCGUCGCCGCGAGCGCAGCCCGCACCGGUGUCUCGCCCGACGCCAUCAUCGACGCGCUCGUGUCACAAUAUGUCGAUCGUCUCGACAACAUGUCCCAGGGCGGGCAGCGCAAGCUUGCCGCUCUCGCGCUCGCGUACCUCGCGCCGACGACGAGCGCGGUCGUCCUCGGGCGACUGACGGACCUCGUCUCGCUGUGGUCGAGCGUCCUGGCGCUCACCGAGGAGUCCGAGGGCGGCGACGCGGAGCUGUACCAGAACGGCGAGGCGGACGACGCAGGGUACGCCAUGCCCGACGACUACCAGUCGGACGUCGAGGUCGACUACACCGAGACGCUCGAGACCGCCCGACGAGCCGCCCUCGCCUCGCGCGACCCGAUCCGGACGCACCCUCUCAAGGCGACCAUCGGCGCCAAGCUGUCCGAGGCGCAGGCGCUCAACGGCGGCGCCGAGGCCUUUUCGGCGACGUGGCUCGCGAGGGUCGACCCACUCCUCGUCGAGGAGCUCGUGCAGCGGUUAGAGGGGAGGCUGAGCGGGUAGACGAGGGCGCGAGGGCCGUGCAACUCGCAAGCUGGGUGUGCGACCUCGUCUAGACUUGACGUCGCUCCACUUG